UGAUGACAGGUCGAAACAGAUAAUUGCUAAUAGAAAAAGGCUUUUACCAAUCGUAGAAUGCAUAAUUUUAUGUGGCAAACAAGAAAUUGCUCUUCGGGGACAUAGGGAUUUUGGCCCAAUUGACUUUACAUCAGCAUCAGCUAAAAAUGAAGGGAAUUUCCGAGAAAUUUUAAAAUAUAAAGUAAAAGACGACAAUUGUAUUAGAUCAUUCCUUGAAUCAGAUUCAUGUAAUAAAUAUUUAAGCCCUUGGAUACAAAAUGAAGUGAUAGCUAUAUGUGGUGAUUUAUUAUUAAAGAAAAUUGUUGAAAAAAUCAAUGCAUCCAAAUGUUUCUCAGUCUUGGCUGAUGAAACAACAGACAUUUCAGUUACAGAACAACUCACAAUAUGUGUAAGAUACUUAAGUGGAACGGAGAAUGAUGUACAAAUCAAUGAAGAUUUUAUCAAGUUUGUUGAGAUACAUAGUUUAACAGGAGUUGAUUUAGCAUCUGCAAUUCUUAAUGGUCUCAAUGUUAGUGGUAUUAACUGUGAUUUGUUGUAUGGCCAAGGGUAUGAUGGGGCUGCGAAUAUGUCCGGGCAAUUUAAAGGAGUAAAAUAUAUUAUACAAGCAAAGUAUCCUAAGGCAUUGUACGUGCACUGUGUGGCCCAUUCCUUAAACUUGGCAGUAUCCUCUGCGUGUGAUUUACAACCAAUUCGAAAUUGUCUUGGGGUCAUUGAAAAAUUGUAUUGUUUUUUUAAUACACCUAAACGCAAAAAUGCACUUUUUGAAGCUAUUAGUAAUAGUGAUUUGAUACCAAGCAUAAAAUCAUUAAAACGUUUAUGUGCAACCAGAUGGAUUCAAAGGUAUGAUGCCGUUAAUGAUUUUGUUCAGUUAUUUCCAUACGUUGUAGUUUCAUUAGAAACUAUGUCAAGUUGGAAAGAUGUAACUGCAGUUGAAGCUAAUAUGUUAAGAAAUACAAUGGACUCAGAAUUUCUUAUAUCAGUACAAAUUAUAAAAGUUUUAUUUUCAUAUGGGCUGUUAUUGUGCAAACAACUACAAAGCAAAGACAUUGAUUUAAAAGAAAUGGUUGGUUUAGCAGAAGAUAGUGUUAAUGCUCUUAAAGAACUAAGAACUAAUAUUGAACCUGAAUUUAAAAAAAUAUUUAAUGAGGCUCAAAAAAUGGCUGAAGUUCUAGAUUUUCAAAUUGUAGCAAAAAGAAUAAACAAAAGGCAAAUACACCGU